AAUACCGGGGUAGACAGAGGGACGUAAUAGUCUGGUGAAGCUACAUUGGGCUGCGGUAUCCAGGACCCCUUGCUAUGGGCAGCCAGGAAGCAGAGCCCCAGGAGACUUUGCAAACCCCAGUUCUAGAAAAUGGCAGACCAGAAGUUCCCCGUGAAGAGUCAAGUAGGUUUACCAGAGAUCAGCUCUUCGCAAUGGUAGCAACAGCUUGUUUGAACUUCAGUUCAAUGAUUUGCUAUUCAAUCCUGGGACCCUUUUUUCCAAGAGAGGCAGAGAAAAAGGGUGCCAGUGAUACAGUUGUUGGACUGAUUUUUGGAUGCUUUGCUUUAUUCAAUUUCUUGACUUCUUUAAUAUUAGGCAAUUAUCUUGUACAAAUUGGAGCCAAAUUCAUGUUUGUGGCUGGGAUGUUUGUCUCGGGAUGUGUUACAAUUCUGUUUGGUUUGUUGGACAAAGCACCUGAUGGACCAGUAUUCAUUGGUUUGUGUUUUCUGGUUAGAGCGAUGGAUGCCAUAGGCUUUGCUGCAGCAGUGACAGCUUCAUUUUCUAUUCUUGCAAAGGCUUUUCCCAAUAAUAUAGCUACAGUAAUGGGCACUCUUGAAAUUUUUACAGGGCUUGGACUAGUGCUGGGCCCACCUAUAGGUGGCUUUUUAUAUCAGUCCUUUGGCUAUGAAGUCCCUUUCAUAGUGCUAGGAUGCUUAGUGCUGAUCCUGGUGCCUCUGAACAUGUACCUCUUACCAAAAUACGAUGCAGUCGCUACCAAGGAAUCCUUCUGGAUGCUCAUUACUCUGCCAAAAGUUGUAUUUCUCUGUUUUACUAUAUUUUCACUAAGUGCAUGUUUAGGCUUUCUGGAUCCCACUAUGUCACUGUUCGUUUCAGAGAAGUUCAAAUUACCAGCUGGUUAUGUGGGGUUAGUAUUCCUAGGUUUGGCACUCUCCUACUCCCUGUCUUCACCAUUGCUUGGGUUUCUAAGUGAUAAAAUGCCACACCUGAGGAAAUGGUUGUUAGUCUUUGGGGGCUUACUGACCGCACUGUCCUUUUUCCUGUUAGGACCUGCUCCCAUCUUGCAUAUUGAAAGCACACUCUGGAUGUUUGUCCUAAUGCUGGUUUUGACUGGCUUUUCCCUUGGGAUGUCUGGUAUCCCACUGUUCCCUGAGAUGCUGCAUUGUGCUUAUGAGAAUGGAUUCGAGGAGGGGUUAAGUGUGUUGGGACUGGUGUCUGGGCUCUUCAGUGCAAUGUGGUCACUUGGAGCUUUUGUAGGCCCAACAUUAGGUGGAUACCUAAAUGAGAGGCUGGGGUUUGAAUGGGCUGCCGCCAUACAAGGAGGAUGGGCGUUAUUAAGUGGACUAGCUAUUGGAAUAUUCUAUAUCAUAGAGGCCUCACGAAGAAGAAGGAGAUCCAAUUUGCAGACCCCUCUGGGCACAAAUGAAGAAAGAGCUCACCUAUUGGCUAGUGAGACAUAGCCAGGAAUAAUUCUGGAUCAACAUUCUUCUUCUUCUUUUUUUUUUUUUUUUUUUUUUUAGUUAACUUAGUGAUGAGAAGAGUGGACUUAACAUCCAAACAGUGUUGCAUAAUUCUAGAGCUGAGGGAGCCACUUCCCAUAAUGCAUAACACAUUGUGGAUUAUUUGUAAUGGCAACAUAUUGCCACAUUGCUGUUCUGAUGCCCUAUUUAAAUACUGCAUGCCUUUCUUUUGGAUAUUCCUACUGUGGAUUGGUUGAACUGGUAAAUCAGAUGUCAGCCUGCUUAUCUGUGUUCACGGUGUUCACAGUGCACUGAAGAGAGAUUUUGCACAAUGUGAAAGAAUUGUUUCAGAAUGUUCUGUUCUUGUACUUGAAUCUGCUGGGGACUAUCCCAGACCGUCUGUCACUACCAUGUUUUAUUGUAAUGUGCAUUUUCCUUUUUAAAAAAGGAAAAGAAUGGUUAAAAUAUCAUAUCUGAUAACAUUAGAUAUUCAAAGGGAAUUUGAAAUAGUGAAACAGUGAGCGUAAUACUCUGUUAAAUAAA